UACAUCAGAGCUCCCAGCAACAACAGUGACUACUGCAGCAGAGAUCCCUCCUUCUCUCGUAGAGUCAGGGCAGGGAGAAGCAGCCAGAGGAAGCUCCUGCUUAGGUGGGAGGGGGAAGGGUUAGGAAAGAGAGAUGGGAGAAAGGAGGGUUGUGAUGGAAAGAGGAGGGUAGAGUUGAGCCCAUUGAAAAUUUUCGACGAGGCAGCUGUAACCCUGUCUGCCUGGGAUAUUUGCACAGCUCCUUUCCUCAAGUGGCCUAGAGGCUGGGACUUGGUGGUCCUGCUGAAAGCUGCACCCAUGUCUAAGGGAGGAGGGGAAAUGGUGUACAUCCCAGAUGACUCGGACUUCAACACUUUCCGGGAUGAGUGCGAGAGCCAGGAAGGCUGGAACAGCCAGUAUAACAAGAGCGGCGUGGCUGUGUGGAGCCAGGGACAUGAAGAGAGCAAGACCAUCCAGAAAAUCAAGAUGCAGAUCGCCUGCAGGGAUGUGCCUCCAGAGACCCUCUAUGAUGUGCUACAUGACACCCACUACCGCAAGAAAUGGGACUCCAAUAUGAUAGAGACCUAUGACAUUGGGCGCCUGACUGUCAACGCAGAUGUGGGAUAUUACUCCUGGAGGUGCCCAAGCCCUCUAAAGAACAGAGACUUUGUUACCUUGCGCUCCUGGUUGCCCCUUGGCAAUGACUACAUGAUCAUCAACUACAGUGUCAAGCAUCCGAAGUAUCCACCCCGGAAGGACUUUGUGAGGGCUGUAUCCCUGCAGACAGGUUACCUGAUCAAGGCAACUGGCAAUAGUGGCUGCAUCCUUUAUUACCUCACCCAAGUGGACCCUCGAGGUUCGUUACCAAAGUGGGUGGUGAAUAAAGCAUCACAGUAUGUGGCACCAAAGGCAAUGAAGAAGAUCUACAAGGCUGGGCUAAAGUAUCCAGAGUGGAAACGAAAGCAUAACCCUGAUUUUAAGCCUUGGGUGUACCCAGAACAGAACACGCUGCCCAGUAUCAGCCUAGCGGAGCUCUCCUUGCAGCAUGCUGACUCACUGGAAAAUAUUGAUGAGAGUGGCCUGACCGAAGACAAGAUGUGCAUCAGUGAUGGUGAGGCCUGAGACUAGCCACCACCAACACCUGGAUGUGCAGCUCAUCACCUUCCUAUGUCCUCGAUGCAAGCCUUCUAUCCCUACAGAAUACAGCAGUCUUCACAUUAAUUCUCUCCAAACUUGGCCACAGAGCUCCCUGCCCUCCACUGACCCAGGGUGGUAUUAUUGCUUCUAAGCUGUGCAUUUUUCAUCUGGGAGCUCUAUCUUGAGAGCAAAUGUGCCCAAUUUGUCUCCUUCCCUAUUUGUCUAUCUCCCCAUAAAUUAUGCCCUAGCUUACAGAUGGGAAAGAGUCCCAAUUAUUCAUGGACUCAUACUUUUCUGGUGGUCAUGCCUGUUCCCUAGCAUUUCACAAAGCAGGAAAUGUAUGGGAAAGGAUUGACUAGUUGGGAUAUCCUUUCAGCACAGACUAUAGAGAACACUCAAGGUUGUGGCAAUAGCUUAGGGGAACUCUCUCACAAGGCUUUGCAUUCAGAGCUUUUGGACAGUUCAACAGGAUUAGGAGGAGCAUCUGUCCUCACCAGUACGAUUUAUUGGAUUAUUCCUCACAAGUUUAAAUUUGGUUGUGCAGUUGCAUUGAUCACAGACCACUCUGUGCCUUUAGGCUUCUCCUCUUCCAUCAGCAGGACCCUAGACCC